CAGGUAACCAAAAUCUCUACUUAAGUACAGUAACAAAGUAUUUGUACUCAGUUACUUUACAACUCUGUGUCACUGUGCCUAUUUUCAUUUGGACUCUCAGUCAGUGUCAGUGAGGAGUUGAUCCCGUGGUCCAGCAGAACCUCCUGUGGUUCAGAGAUCAGUCCGAUAACCCGACGGAUCAGCACCACCUGUUCACAUUCAGGGUUUGAUCCUUUUAUUUCUGUCUCUGAGCUGGAAAACGUCCCGACACCACGCAUGAUGGAAAUAACUCAGAGGCAACGACAGGGAGACGGUUUCUCUGAGACCCCAAACCCUCCUGCUGGCCUGGGGUCAUAUGGACCCAUCAGACCUGAGUCAGAACCAACCUGAGGGCAGCAGGAGGGUUCGGUUCAUCCUGAAAUAUUUAAUCAGAAUCAUAACACAACAAACCAAAGCAGCAGGAGUUUUAUUUUGAAAUUCCAUCAACAGGAAAUGAGUCCGUCCCUGUGACCACCAGCUUCUUAUCUCACAGUUUCCUGCACUUUACUUCCUCACAUAGCUGACAUUUUUAAAAUAACUCAACUCGUUCUGAUCCACCGACAUCACACCCGCCUUAUCAAACCCAUUUACACCAGCAGCAGUCUUUUACAGUAAAAAUGUACAAAUAUAGAAAUAUUUUAACUUUUCUGUAGAAAAAAUGCCCAAAUUAAACUGUGAUGAGUGUUUUUCUGUAUUUAAUCUUACUAUCUUUUUGCUGAUAAACACAAAAACAACAAAGUCUUUCUGUCAGAUCCAAACGGAUGUAAUGAAGUCUCAGCUGUGACCCAGUUCAGAUUGGAUCAAACGAUCAGAACAACUGGAGAAACUUUACUUUGGUUUCAUGAAUAAAACCACAGCCUGAGGAGGGACAACAAGGGACAUUAGGGAUAAGGUGGGACAUGGUGGGGCAAAAGGGACAAUUAGGGACAAGGUAAACCAGAUGUGUAAAGAGAAACAUUUAAAGUUUAACUGCAGACUGAAGUGAAACAAAAUGUUUCAAAUGAUGAUUAGAGAAGUGGAUGCAGCUGUGGCAGGUGAGCCAGGGAGCAGGUGUAGAUGGGCGUGGCACAAACCAAACAACAAACAACAACAAAAACAAAAGUAACUAAAGCAUCCUGACCUGAUCAAAACAAACAACGAUGAUGAUGAUGUCAGAUCAGCUCACAGGUUCGAGCUUUACAAACUUUUUAUUCAUAAUUUUCAGGUCAUUCUGGCCUCAGGCAGUUUUUUGUUAUAAAUCUGUAACUUUUCACCUCAGUUCUUUUCAUAAACGCUUCAUUUUGGAACACGUUAGAUUUAUUUAAGGUGAAGCAGCUGCUCGAACACUGGAGCCUUUCUCUAAAUGUCUGAACAAAGACAAAUCCCUGCAGGGUCAGUUGGGCUCAUGUAAGAGCUCGUUUGUCCCAAGCCUGCUGAGACCUGCUGACAGAUGGACAGAUGGACAAACUGAGGGACAAAGAGCAGCGGCAGGUUGUUUUCCUGUCAGAGGAUUUAAAGUCACUCUGUCGUCUCACACGUGGAGCUGAGAGGAAACCUGUUGGCAUCACGACUCGGCCAAGUUCUUAUUGUUCCUUUAAAAAUAGAACCAACAGCAACAACAGUUUGGAUUUACUGAACCUGGCAGGUUCUGUAGACGUAGAUGAGUCGAAGAAGACCUCGAGGUUUCAGGAGGCCUGGUUGUGGAGAUCUUUAAAGGUUCCGAUGUCAAUCAAAGCAGGAGGCAGAGGAGGAGGAGCCACGUGUCUCAGCUGUAAGGAGAGCUGCUCUGGGUUUCAGCCACAUACUUGGAGGAAAUCCUGCGUGGCGUGCGGCUGCAGCACGGCGGACCACGCCACUCCAGGGGGCCACCUGGAGGACGACCAGCGAAUGGGACGCCUGCUCGCAGACUCGCCCUGCUCGCAUCUGUCGGCCAAGGUCAAAGGCGGCGGCGGCCUCCGCAUGUACAAGAGAAACCGCAUGAUUGUGACGAACCCGGUGGUGUCCCGCAAAGACCCGACCUUCAGCACCACCACCUACGACUGGGCGCCGGCCGGCCUCAACCAGAAACUGGCCAUGCAGUACAUGGAGCUCCUCCCAGAGAGUCGGCGUCCCGUCUCUGGGACCCCCGGCGCCCUGGAGCGACGCAGGCAGCUUCUGACCCAGCUCCCGGUCUACGAUCAGGACCCCAUGAAGUGUCAGAGCCUCUCCAGUGAGGAGGAGAUUUCCUCCAUGAUCCUGUUCGUGAAGCGGUACAAAGAGGAGGUGUUGGGGGUGGGCGAGGUGGGCUUGCCCGGAGAGGGCGGGGCUCUGAGGGAAGCGGCCAUUCAGAGGACGGCGAAGGAGGAUGCUGCUCAGCAUCAGGACCACGUCCCCUCCGCUGUGAACGGAACCGAUGACAAAACUCAACACCGGUGCACCGGCUGCCACGGCGAGCUGGCCGAAGACAGACCGGUCGUUUACGCCGAGCGAGCAGGUUACCACGACGCCCAGUGGCAUCCCACCUGCUUCGUGUGCUCGGAGUGCAGUCAGGGUCUGGUGGACCUGGUCUACUUCUGGUCCAAUCAGAAGCUGCUCUGCGGUCGACACUACUGUCAGUCGGCGUGGCCUCGGUGCUCCGGCUGCGACGAGCUCAUCUUCUGUAAGAACUUCCUGACGGGGACGGAUGGACGAACGUGGCAUCAAGAACAUUACUGCUGCUGGAAAUGUGGCCAAAGCCUGGACUCCCCCUGUCAGCACUCAGAAUGAGGAGUCCAGAUCCAAACCAGAACCAAGGAAGAGUUCAAAUAUAUACUGGCUGUUUGUUCCAAAGUCUAAAAGCUUAGAUCAGAAAUAUAGAGUUUCGGCACCCGCUUUGGAUGUUAUCAACCAUGAAAUGGGCGUUAUUAGGCGUUAUCAGUCCCCUAGGAUGGCUUCAGAAUGUCAGCUGGUUAAUAUGAGGCAUAAAAAAUGUGGUUAAUAUGAGGCAUAAAAAAUGUGGUUAAUAUGAGGC